AUACGCAUGCGCUUUGGAAGGAAGGGCGAGCUUCGAGGAGCGGAGUAGGGGGCGGGUCUCGGCCGUCGUUUCACGGCGACUGCGCGGACAGGGUCCUGACUGGAACAUGGCGACUUGCGCUGAAAUCUUGCGGAGCGAGUUCCCCGAAAUUGACGGACAAGUCUUCGACUACGUGACCGGCGUCUUGCACAGCGGCAGCGCGGACUUCGAGUCUGUGGAUGACCUGGUGGAAGCCGUGGGGGAACUGUUGCAGGAGGUGUCCGGGGACAGCAAAGAUGACGCGGGCAUCAGGGCCGUGUGUCAGCGCAUGUACAACACCCUGCGCCUGGCUGAGCCACAGAGCCAGGGACACAACCAGGUGCUUCUGGACGCGCCCAUCCAGUUGUCAAAGAUAGCAGAGAACUAUGACUGUGACAUGAAACUGCCAGGACCACUAAAGAGGGAACAGUCCUCGACAGUGAAUGCCAAGAAGCUAGAGAAGGCCGAAGCUCGACUGAAAGCCAAACAGGAGAAGCGCUCAGAGAAAGACACACUGAAGACCAGCAACCCUCUCAUCCUGGAAGAGGCAUCAGCCAGCCAGGCAGGUAGCAGAAAGGAGAGUCGGUUGGAGUCAUCUGGCAAGAACAAGUCCUAUGACGUGCGAAUUGAGAACUUUGAUGUUUCUUUUGGUGAUAGGGUGCUGCUGGCUGGAGCAGAUGUGAACCUGGCGUGGGGCCGCCGCUAUGGGCUGGUGGGACGGAACGGGCUGGGGAAGACGACACUGCUGAAGAUGCUGGCCACCCGGAGCCUGCGGGUUCCAGCCCACAUCUCCCUGCUGCACGUGGAGCAGGAAGUUGCUGGGGAUGACACUCUGGCCUUGCAGAGCGUCCUGGAGAGUGACAGUGUGCGAGAGGACCUACUGCGGCGGGAGCGGGAGCUCAGUGCCCAGAUAGCUGCGGGCAGGGCAGAGGGUUCAGAAGCUGCACAGCUGGCUGAAAUCUAUGCCAAGUUGGAGGAGAUUGAGGCAGACAAGGCACCUGCCAGGGCAUCGGUCAUUCUCGCUGGGCUUGGCUUUACCCCUAAAAUGCAGCAGCAGCCCACCCGGGAGUUCUCAGGUGGCUGGAGGAUGAGAUUGGCCUUGGCCCGAGCCUUGUUUGCUAGGCCAGACCUUCUGCUGUUGGAUGAACCCACCAACAUGCUGGAUGUCAGGGCCAUCCUGUGGCUGGAGAAUUACCUGCAGACAUGGCCCUCCACAAUCCUAGUCGUCUCUCACAACCGGAACUUCCUGAAUGCCAUCGCUACAGACAUCAUCCACCUGCACAGCCAGCGGCUGGAUGGCUACCGGGGAGACUUUGAGACCUUCAUCAAGAGCAAGCAGGAGCGACUGCUCAAUCAGCAGCGCGAGUACGAGGCGCAGCAGCAGUAUCGCCAGCACAUCCAGGUUUUCAUUGACCGCUUCCGCUAUAAUGCCAACAGGGCCUCUCAGGUGCAGAGUAAACUCAAGAUGCUGGAGAAGCUACCAGAGCUGAAGCCGGUGGACAAGGAGCUGGAGGUGGUGAUGAAGUUCCCAGAUGGGUUUGAGAAGUUCUCCCCGCCGGUCCUGCAGCUGGAUGAGGUGGACUUCUACUACGAACCCCAGCACAUCAUCUUCAGUCGCCUGUCAGUUUCUGCUGACCUGGAAUCACGCAUAUGCGUGGUUGGGGAGAAUGGGGCCGGGAAGUCUACCAUGCUGAAGCUGCUCUUGGGAGACCUGGCACCAGUCCGUGGCAUCAGGCACGCCCACAGGAAUCUCAAGAUUGGCUACUUCAGCCAGCACCAUGUGGAGCAGUUGGACCUGAAUGUCAGUGCUGUGGAGCUGCUGGCACGCAAGUUCCCAGGGCGGCCGGAGGAGGAAUAUCGUCAUCAGCUGGGCCGCUACGGUGUAUCCGGGGAGCUGGCCAUGCGCCCUGUCGCCAGCUUGUCUGGUGGCCAGAAGAGUCGGGUGGCCUUUGCUCAGAUGACUAUGCCCUGCCCCAACUUCUACAUUCUGGAUGAGCCCACAAACCACCUGGACAUGGAGACCAUUGAGGCGCUGGGCCGCGCACUCAACAGUUUCAGGGGCGGCGUGAUCUUGGUGUCCCACGACGAGCGCUUCAUCCGCCUGGUGUGCCGAGAGCUGUGGGUGUGUGAAGCAGGUGGCGUCACCCGCGUGGAGGGCGGCUUUGACCAGUACCGUGCCCUCCUGCAGGAGCAGUUCCGCCGGGAGGGCUUUCUCUAGGGCCUUGCUACCACCAGAGGAGGCGCCCAGGACUGGACUGCCUUACAGGCCCCACGUGGGGACAGCCUCUGCCCAAAUCUCUCCUGACUGGAGCAUCCUGUGCACAAUUGUGGGGCCCCACCCAAGGGCGUGUGAGGACUGUGUAGGGGAAGGGGCUGAGGGACCCUCUGGGGUCCCAUACCCUGCCCAGCCUGCUGGACCCCGCCUGGCUGCUAUGUAAAUUAAACUUCUCCCAGCCCAGCUCUCCCACUGCUCCCUGCUACACUCUGCACCUCCUUGCGAGGCUGCAGCUGUGAGGGGCAGAGCUGGCAGGGGAAGGGGCAACGUCAUGUGAUGCUUUAUCCAUGGAGUUUUUAGCGAUACAAACUGUGUGCCGGAGAUUUGCCACCACUGCCCUGGGAUGGGCCCUGCUGCUUCUGAGUUUGAACUGAUUUUGGGAUCUGGCCUUGUACACAGCUCCCCAUUUUCUCUAGGGGUCUCCAGCCCAGACUCCUUGCUUUUCUCUGGACCCUCAGGGCUCAAGAAAAAUCAUCUUUUUCUGUUUUGCUUGAA